AUGCCAGGUGCUCCUCUCUUUGCCCUUACAGGGCGUGGGAAUGACGUUAAACGAGCACGUGAUUUAAUUAACUCCAUUGGUGGAGUAUUUGCCACAAGAGAAAGUGAUGCGGAGUUUCUCGUAGUGUUGAAAGGUGCAGGACGACGCAAAGUCGAAGAAUUCUGCGAGCAAGCCAAGAAACAUAUGAGUACAGAAGCUGGUGGUCACAGUAGUGUUUUGAGUAACGGCUCCCAUAAAGUUGGACGCUUAUUACUACUCGAUAUGCUGGAGGAGUGGAGUAGGCGAGGAACCGUUCCGCAGCGUCAUGUAAGUAUAGAGGAUGUGGAGAAGAUGAAUCUCCUGCCCAAUGCAGCAGCGGCAAUAGCGGGAACAAGGAAUGAUCAAGGACGACGUUCUUAUGAUGUUCCUGAGGGAUUUUUGAAACGUUCUCGUUUAGUACUAGACGCAGAAGGCAAUGCAGUAGAUGAGUCAGACAAUGCUGUACUUCUUAAAAAUAAUCGGAAACCACCACCAUCAACACCAUUACAGAAACUCAUCUCAGCAUCACCUUCUGUACCUCUUUCCAAUGCUGUUAUUAUUAAUCUUGAUGAUUCUCCUGAUCCUCCUAAGUUUGAAAAAUGCAAAAAGUAUAGAACCUUAUUGUUAGAUGAUGAGAGUCCACCACAAAAAAAGACUGAGGGUAGGUUAAAUCUGCCUACAAAGAGUGAAACUGUCAUUAAUCCAAUGCGAGCUGCAUUUCGCCAACGGACUAAGCCAGACUGGGAUACUUAUUUUAGUGAUGGACCUACCAAAACGGAAGAUAUCACUAAACAUAAUAGCAAUAAAGAAGACUACACGAGUAACAUGGGAAAAAAUGGUCAUGUAGACUCUCAUGAUAGUUGUGUUGCCACCACAUCAAGUCCAUCACUCUCCCUGCGAUCUUCAACAAAUGGAAUUCGACCACCAGAGAAGGUACGUGAGAGUGCAAAGACAGUUGUUUCAGAUAUCACUAAAGAAAAGAAAAAUGGAGUUGAAUUGACGUUUAAUUUUACAAAGCCUACACCUCAAACCCGCUCAAGACCUUUAUUAUCUGAGAGCAAAAAGAAUAAUAAUAGUCAGAACUCCACCAAACCUACAACCACAACCGUUACAGUAAAUGAUACAGAAAAAAAGAAGACAGAACUGGAUGAGAAACGGUGUACUCAACAACAACAAAAGAAACAGAAGCAACAACAACAUCAACAACCACAACCACAACCACAACAGCAUCCGAGUCAUCAAGAUCGUCGUACAACAAUUAAUCGACCUUCUUCACUGGAUACCCGCAAUUCACGGCAAAGUAAAAUACCUCGCGAUGAUAUACCCUGUAGAAAGACGGGUAGCGGUGUUCUCGCGAGUGAUGGAACAUUUGGAACUCCACCUCCACUUCCUCCGCGUCCAAAUGACGCCGGUAUGACUCGUACCACCACAACGGUAGUGCCUACAGGACGAAAGACUACGACUACAUCCUCUGGACGCUUUUCUAAACCCUCUUCGUCAUCUGUAUCAUCUAAUUCUGCUGCCAAUCGCAAUACUACUACUAAUACUAAUAAUACUAAUAGUACUGACCCAAUGUUAAAACGUAUUAAGCAAAGUUCAUAUUGUAAUGGUAUUCCUGAAGAGACAUGUGUGGCGGUUCUACAACAAAUUGUGGAUCGGGCAUGCCCUGUCAGUUUUAAUAGUAUAGCUGGACUUGAGGUGUGCAAGCGGAUCUUAUACGAAGCGAUUAUUCUCCCUGCGAAGUGUCCACAACUAUUUACAGGUUUACGAAGACCAUGUUCGGGACUUUUGUUAUUUGGACCUCCAGGUAAUGGUAAGACACUUCUUGCCAGUGCCGUAGCAAAGGAGUGUGGUACAACUUUUUUCAGCAUCUCCGCUGCUGCAAUUACCAGUAAAUGGGUUGGAGAGAGCGAAAAGAUGGUGCGAGCGUUGUUUGCUGUUGCCAGGGCUUUAGCACCAAGCACUAUAUUUGUGGAUGAAAUUGAUGCAUUGUUGCAGGCACGCGGUAGCCAACACGAGGGAGAAGGCUCUCGCCGUAUUAAGACAGAGUUUCUUGUGCAGAUGGAUGGGGCUGGUAAUGACAAUCAUGAGGCACGAGUUUUAGUGAUGGGAGCAACAAAUCGUCCUUUUGAUCUUGAUGAGGCAAUUAUUCGGCGAUUUCCAAAACGUGUGUUUGUGCCGUUACCUGAUGCGGCUGCACGUGAACAGAUACUUAAGUCAUUGUUGAAUACAGAAGAAACUCCUAACAACCUCACACCAGUAGCAUGGCAACGGGUUAUAGACCUUACAAAUGGAUAUAGCGGGCAUGAUUUGCGGCAACUCUGCGAAGAGGCGGCGAUGAUUCCAGUUCGUGAGUUGCUCGCAGAGAAACUUCGAAAUGGAGAAGAUUUAGGUGAAAAUGUUUUACACCACAAUCUGCUACGACCGCUAACGUUGCAGGAUGUGGAAGUCUGCGUGCAGGCGCGUCACCCCAGUUGCUGUCUCAAGCAGCUAAAGGCAUUGGAAGAGUGGAGCGACACAUACGGAUGCAAGUAA